GCGCUAAUCUAGGACAUAUACAAUUAUACAAAUACAACAUUUCAAAUUGUCAAUACCUCGUUUUUUACCUAUAAAAAGGACAUAAUUGAGUCUUUUAGUUACUCCAAAGUAGAAGCAAAGUACUCAGAGAAAAGAAAAAAAUGAGCCUUAAGAUGUCAAUUCAUUCUCUUAUUCUGUUCUUUGCUCUUUCUUGUCUAAGUGUUCAAAUAAUAGAAGCACAACUUAGAGUUGGUUUUUAUAGUAGAUCAUGUCCAUCAGCUGAACGCAUUGUUAGAGAAGAGGUUAUGAAGGGAUUUAUCAAAAACCGUGGUGUUGCACCCGGUCUUGUUCGAAUGCAUUUUCAUGACUGUUUCGUUAGAGGUUGUGACGCGUCUAUUCUCAUCGACACCACCUCCUCGAACAAUGCUGAGAAAGAUUCACCAGCGAACUCUCCUAGUCUUCGAGGGUUCGAAGUGAUCGACAAUGCAAAGGCUAGACUUGAAGCUCAAUGCAAAGGGGUGGUAUCAUGUGCAGACAUAUUAACCUUUGCAGCCAGAGACAGUGUUGCAAUAACUUUAGGUCCAAGAUAUACUGUUCAAGCUGGAAGAAGGGAUGGUAGGAUCUCCUUAAUGUCAGAAGUGCUACAACAUGUUCCUGGAUUUACAUUCAAUGUUGACCAGCUUACACAAAGUUUUCUGAAGAAAAAAUUGACACAAGAAGAAAUGGUCACUCUAUCAGGAGCUCAUACAAUCGGGCGGUCUCAUUGCACAUCCAUCACCAACAGGCUAUACAACUUCAACGGAACAACUGGACCAGAUCCCACCCUGGAUACAAGAUAUGCAGGACGGUUGCAGCAACAGUGCCCGCAAGGAAGCGCAUCUACCCUGGUGGUUCCAAUGGACACUCGUACCCCAUUUGUCACAGAUGUUAAUUACUACCGGGAUGUCUUAGCCAACCGAGGCUUGUUCACAUCUGAUCAGACCCUGUUGACAAACACCAACACAGCUAAAGAGGUGAGCCAGAAUGCAAGAAAUCAGUUCUUGUGGAUGAGAAAAUUUGCAGCAGCAAUGAUAAAAAUGGGUGAGAUUGAAGUUCUUACUGGCUCUGCUGGAGAAAUCCGGACAAACUGUAGGGUAAUCAAUUAAGAAACAAUGGUGUAAUGAGUAAUGACUGUAAUCAAUCACAGAGACUUACUAGCUCUGUAAUACCCAAAAAUUACAGUCUGGAAUCUAAUACCACAAUUGUAGAUACAUUUAUCCCCAUUCAAUGUAUCAUCCUCGAUUUUCAUUAUCAGCCUCAAUUUUGUACUCUAGAUAAAGAAAGGCAACUGUAAUGACAAACAAGCUAGAAGGUAUGAAAGGCAGUAAGUUUUCCGUUCU